UAUCUCUCACAUGGGUUUCUUUGGGUUUGAUUUGCCAUAGAUGAAAUAAACAAACUCUCUCUCUCUCUCUCGUUGGGAACCAACUCCAUAACCAAAGUUUCUUGGUGUGUGUGUUUUGACUGUUUUUUGUUUCUGUUUUGGGACAAAAAAUGCAGCUUCACAUAUCGCCGAGUUUGAGGCAUGUGACAGUGUUUCCAGGGAAAGGUGUUAGAGAAUUCAUCAAAGUGAAAGUUGGUUCGAGGAGGGUCUCUUAUAGAAUGCUUUUCUACUCCCUCUUGUUCUUCACAUUCCUUCUUCGGUUUGUAUUCGUAAUGACCGCUGUGGACUCCAUUGAUGGAGAAUCCAAGUGCUCUUCCAUUGGUUGCUUGGGGAAAAGGCUAGGACCAAGGAUUUUGCGAAGAAGGAUUGAUUCAGCUGUCCCAGAAGUCAUAUAUGAAACAUUAGAAGAACCCAUCAACAAAGAAGAAUUAGAAGGAAGAACCGAUGUUCCUCAGACUUUAGAAGAAUUCAUGGCUGAUAUUAGAGAAACCAAAUCAGACGCAAAGACUUUUGCUCUCAAGCUUAGAGAAAUGGUGAGCCUUCUAGAGCAAAGGACUAGAACAGCCAAAAUCCAAGAAUAUUUGUACAGGCAUGUAGCAUCAAGCAGCAUACCAAAACAGCUGCACUGCCUAGCCUUAAGGCUUGCCAGUGAGCACUCCAACAAUGCAGCAGCACGCCUCCAGCUCCCCUCGGCUGAACUCGUCCCUGCCCUUGUGGACAACAACUAUUUCCAUUUCGUCCUUGCUUCGGACAACGUGCUCGCCGCCUCUGUUGUCGCCACGUCUCUUGUCCGGAACUCAUUGCGCCCUCACAAAUUUGUGCUCCACAUAAUUACUGAUAGGAAGACAUAUUAUCCUAUGCAGGCUUGGUUUUCCUUGCACCCUUUGUCCCCGGCCAUCAUUGAGGUCAAGGCAUUGCACCAUUUCGACUGGUUUACUAAAGGGAAAGUGCCUGUCUUGGAAGCCAUGGAGAAAGACCAAAAAGUGAGGUCACAAUUUAGAGGUGGAUCGUCUGCCAUUGUGGCAAAUAACACUGACAAGCCUAAAGUUAUCGCAGCCAAGUUACAAGCACUUAGUCCCAAGUAUAAUUCAGUGAUGAAUCACAUUAGGAUACACCUCCCUGAGCUGUUUCCUAGCCUCAAUAAGGUGGUCUUCUUGGACGACGACAUAGUGGUUCAAACUGAUCUUUCUCCUCUGUGGGAUAUUGAUAUGAAUGGAAAGGUCAAUGGAGCAGUGGAAACUUGUAGAGGAGAAGAUAAGUAUGUGAUGUCGAAGCGGUUAAAGAGCUAUUUGAACUUCUCCCAUCCUUUGAUAAGCCAGAAUUUCAAUCCAGAUGAAUGUGCUUGGGCUUACGGAAUGAACAUAUUUGAUCUUGAGGCUUGGAGGAGAACCAACAUAAGCCUUACAUACCAUUAUUGGGUUGAACAGAACUUGAAAUCAGACCUCAGCUUGUGGCAGCUAGGCACAUUACCUCCAGGCCUAAUAGCAUUCCAUGGUCAUGUCCGUGUUAUUGAUCCAUUUUGGCACAUGUUGGGGCUUGGAUAUCAGGACAACACCAGUUUUUCUGAUGCAGAGAGUGCCGGUGUCAUCCACUUCAAUGGCAGAGCAAAGCCUUGGCUAGACAUAGCAUUUCCAGAACUGCGGACAUUGUGGACAAAAUACAUAAACUUCUCUGAUAAAUUCGUCAAGAGUUGUCACAUUAGAGCAUCUUAGGCUGAGUUUUUGAGAGGAAUUUCUUGACCAUAUUACUCAUAAAGUGUGUAUUUGUAUAAAGAAAAAAGGAAAUGAGAGUUCUUCCAAAACUUCAAGGCUUCCAA